CUGUACAGAAAUGUCCAGAAAAGUUUGCACAGCUGACCCGAGCCGCCUCCUCGACAGCUCUUAAUUUAGCUCGGACGGCGGUGAUGAAGGCACUGGCUGCGCGGCUUCACUCCUGUUAGGAAGCUCCGGUGACUUUUCCUCAUCAUGUCGGACCGGGACCACGUUUCCGAUGAGGACAUCGACGAAGACGAGAUCCUGGCUACUCUGUCGCCCGAGGAGCUCCAGCAGCUCCAGUCGGACAUGGACGAUCUGGCCCCCGAUGAACGGGUGCCGGUGGGAAUGCGACAGCGGGACCAGUCGGACAAGCCCCCCACUGGCCCCUUCGACCACCGCUCCUUAGUGGACUACUUGUACUGGCAGAAGGAGUCCACGAGAAUGCUGGACGAGCGGCUGCCGGUGACGCUUCUGCCCAGUCAGGCUGGUGGAAUUGAAUGUGAAUGUUGGGACACUGCACUUGCUAACCUGGUAGAGAUGAUCCAGAAGUGCUUCCAGAUCCCUUCUCUCAUGGAGGUCCUUGGUGGCAGAUUAUGGCAGAAUCGGACAGAUGAGCAUUUCCAAUGCGCUUGUUACUUGUCAGUGAAGCUACUUUUAGUCAAAUAUGAUAACAUGCUGGCUAAAAAGAGGCAGAUACAGGAAGACCUGGAAAACGGAUACGAUAAUGAAGAAGAGAAUUCUGGGGCUGGCAUGUUAGCAGAGGAGAAUGAGCCUGAAAAGCAAGUUGGGCAUCUGCCAGUGACUUUCCAGCAGGAGAACGACAUCCAGGAAUCUCGUGGGGAACUAGAGAGAGGCAAGGUCAAAACUACAAAGCCAGCCGAGUGUGCGGCAGCUGAAAGUCGAGAUUUGGAACAAACCUCCAAGGGCAGAAGCCACGAAUCCCUGCAGCCGGCCUCGACGACUCAAGAAAGCUCCGCCGAGGAGGAAAGGAAGCCGCCUGCCGAGAGCCAGGAAAAAACAGCCCUGCCAAAAGUGUCCAAGUUAAAGCUGCCAGAAAAGCUGGCCCUGGGGGGCAACCUUAUCAAGCUGACAUCCCGGCCGUCGGGAAAUGAAACCAAUUUAGAAACAACCUUGGAUAAGAUUCGAAAAAACAGUGCUGAAAUCCGAGAGGUGAAUUUAAAUAAUAUCGAAAACAUUCCCAAGGAUAUGCUGAUGGAUUACGUAAAUGCGCUGAAAAAGAACAAACACGUGGCAACCUUUAGCAUCGCCAACACUGGGGUGGACGACACGGUUGCUUACUCCUUGGCUAACAUGCUUCGUGAGAACAAGAGUAUCAGAACGCUUAACAUAGAGUCCAAUGUCAUUUCUGGCAAAGGAGUGGUGGCCAUUAUCAGAUGUCUGCAGUUCAACGAGACGCUCACCGAGCUUAGGUUUCAUAACCAGAGGUACAUGCUUGGGCACCAGGCCGAGAUGGAGAUAUCCAGGCUGCUGAAGGCAAACCACACGUUGCUAAAGAUGGGCUAUCAUUUCGAGCUGCCUGGGCCGAGAAUGGUGGUAACGAACUUACUGUCCCGAAAUCUUGACAGGCAGCGGCAGAAAAGAUUUGAAGAACAAAAGAGGCAACAGGUGGUCAAAGAAGAGCAGGACAUGCUGGCCUUCCUGGAGAACAGCGCCAGCCUCCCACCAGCAUUCUGGGAGAUGCUCGAUGGAUGCUUGCCUCCGAUGGCUGCCCUGCAGGAAAGUCCGCCUAAGGAGCCAAGCCGCCCGCUGAAAGUGAAGGUGAAGAAGGAGGUGGCCCAGAUGCCUCCACGCAGCAACUCUCCGACAAAUCCUCUGAAAGAUUUCAAACUGAAGAAAGUCUCCAAACACCGGGAGACAAACAGGGCGGUUGAUGGGAAUGAAAAGCAAAACCUCAAGGAGGUGAUAAAGACCCUAAAGCCCAUUCCCAGGAGACGGCAACCUCCGAAGGUGCAGCUCACACCCAGAGAUGAACUACUAAGUGAAAUUCGUCACAGCAACAUUGCUUAUCUCAAACCGGUGCCGCUGCCAAAGGUUUUGGAGUCGAGCGAGACCAGUUUAUUCUGAAAGGGUCCGGUCUCGCACAACUGGAAACGGAUCUGUGACUCGACCAUGGGUACUGCGGUUCUUCCAAGAGGCUCAAAUGGCAGUGUGGAUGUUCUUUUGUGUUUUUACUGCAGUGGAAAGCAGGAGAGAUCAUUCAUUACCAGGGAGGACAGUCCAUUAUUUAAUAUACUCCAUUAAAAUCAACUGUGGUUACAAGUUCCACUUGUGUGAAUCGCUGCCCAACAGACAGUUGGACCCCCGAAAUGGAUCCACAUCACUGAGCGAGUAAAAAAGGCCCACGCCACAUUCAAACCAAACUUCGGAGAAUUAAAUCUUGACAGUAACAUCUGCAAAAACACAAGAGGAUCAGCGAACCUCAGCUAAAAAUGAGGUUAAAAUUCAACAAAACGAUAUCCUUCAGAAGACCACCCCAAUGAAUGGAAGACCUCACAGUACCAGGGUGCUCGGUUUGAACCCCAGCCUGUGUGAAGGUUGCCCGUUCACCCAAAGGUUAAUUGGCAAAUCUAAACUGGCCCGGUCUAAACGUGUCUGGGUGUGCCCUGGUACCCCGUCCACGGUGGGUUCCAGCAUCGUGUCCAGUGCUACCAGGAUGGGCACCGGCUCUUCAACUUCAAAACUGGAUAUGCAGACUAGAAAAACAAAGGAAUGAAUGAGUUCUGCUUUCAGCUACAUUUAAGUCUUCAGCACGAACAAGAGCCAAACACACACAAUGUGAUACGCACGACGGCGGGUUUAUUCUUUUUCUUUUUAACAAAGUAGAUUUUUGCUGAAUAAAUGUGCAUAAAGUGUAAUCUAUCAA